GGCCUUCUCAAGUGCUCGCGGAUCGGACCAUUCGAAUAGAACAAGAAAACAGCGCGGAAUCGAGGAAGUCCGAAUACCUCCCGCCCUUUACUCUUCUUCAUUUACCUCGGCGCUAUCAAAAACAUCCUAAUACGUCUCUAUGCUGAGACUUUAGCUGCAACAAAUGCUUAGAACUUGCCAAAGUACCCACGCCAAUCUUACGCCAACCUGACCCGCAUAUCCGACGCACCUCACGAAUGAUCGAUACGUCAUACAGGGCUUCGGGUCUUCCCUUGAUUGAACAUCAGGCCACUUCUGCGAACUCGAUCAUCCUUCUGAGAUAGGCCGUCUCAAAAAGAUAUUGCUACCUCGGCAGCUAAGCAGUGGAAGGGCUCCCCCAAACCCCUUCCAUUAUCGUCUAUCCUUCCAUUACCAUCGUCAUGCCCGACCUCCUACUCCAUGAACCACGAACCAUACAGGCCACGACCGCAGGGCUUGGUUCAGCGACGCCACCACUCCUUGACCCUACUAAGCUUAGGAGGAAGAGGAAGAAUGCCGACCAUGGCCUGUUCGGGACAUCGCGUCUCGUCCGGAAUGUCGGUAAUCUUGCCCUGUCACUGAGAGAUGGCCUGUCUGCCUCGGAGCGUGAAGAGAUCAGAAAGAAGGAGGAGCGAAGACAAAUACUGAUUGCCCGAAUGGAAAAUGCAUCGACCUAUAAAGCCUGGUACGAAGCCGCUACGGAGCUGGAUCAGCUCGAGGGCAACGACAAGUGGAAACUUGACGACUCGACCGGUGAACCCGACUACCGUCCUGACCUGAUCCGGUCUUCACUGAAAGAACUGGACACCGCCCGGACCAACUGCGACAUCAACGCCAUGCUGUAUCUGCUCAGAACUGCAUUAUCGCGGGACAUUGGCGGCAUGGGGCACGUGGAGCUUUACCGCCACUCUUACGUUGGGACAAAGGCGUUGAUCGAACAAUAUGUCAAUUCGGCCCUUCAGACCAUCGAGUCGUUGGUCGACAAGUCCGUCUCCCAGACCGAACUGGACCCUAAAGACCUGCUGGAAGGGAUGGUCUACGCGAGACAAAACUUUGGUAGGAGUGCUUUGCUUUUGAGCGGAGGGGCAACGUUCGGCAUGGCGCAUGUCGGGGUGCUGAAGACGCUUUACGAACAGCAGCUUCUCCCCCGCAUCAUGUCGGGAGCGUCUGCUGGGUCCAUCGUCUGCGCCGUGUUAUGCACUCGCAAGGACGAAGAGAUUCCCGAACUGAUCGAAAAAUUUCCGUAUGGCGACCUACGCGUUUUUGAGGGCGAAAACGAGAGCCUCACGACCCAUCUCCACAACCUUUUAACGAAAGGGUGGUGGUCCGAUAUCUCAAACCUGACCAGGGUGAUGCGUUCCUGGCUCGGCGACGUGACCUUUCUGGAGGCUUAUAACCGGACGCGGCGAAUUUGCAACAUUUGCGUGUCGUCCGCCUCUAUCUACGACGUGCCCCGGCUUCUCAACUACAUCACCGCUCCCAACGUCCUCAUAUGGUCGGCUGUCGCCGCCUCAUGUUCCGUGCCCCUGAUUUUCAAGGGCCAGCCCUUGCUAAUGAAGCACCCAGUCACCGGCGCCCACGAGCUUUGGACCCCGACGCCGCAGCAAUUCAUUGACGGCUCCGUCGACAAUGACCUUCCAAUGACCCGCCUCGCCGAGAUGUUCAACGUCAACCACUUUAUCGUCUCUCAGGUUAACCCGCACGUUAUACCUUUCCUCCCCAGAGAUGAGCAGGUCAUCCCAGGCAAACUGAGUCACGAGAAGCCGGCGCGUGGCCUCGCUCGUGAGUUGCUGAUCAAAUUCGGGUCUAUUACGAAGGAGGAAGUGCUCUACAGAAUGCAGUUUUGCGCGGAGAUGGGCAUAUUCCCCAAUCUUCUCACCAAGCUCCUUGCGGUAAUGAGCCAGAAGUACUCGGGCGACAUCAACAUCCUGCCUGCCAUCUCAAGGAGCGAUCUCCCGCUCAUGCUGAAGAACCCCACCCCCGAGUUUAUGCUGCGCAGCUGCGCAGUUGGCGAGCGAGCAACAUGGCCGAAACUAAGUCGCAUCCGCGACCGCCUCGCCAUCGAGUUAGCCCUUGAUCAGGCUGUUCACGCCCUGCGCGCCCGGGUGGUCUUCAGCAGGAGCCAGGUCAACCUCCGCCGCGCAAUGGGCGUACUCAGGCCCAUGGCGUACCGACCUCCAGGCGGUUCCAGGGGCAGGCCGGCGACGUCGGGCGAACCGAGCCCGUCGUGGGGGGCUAUUUGCGUCGUUCAACCGCCCAACUCCGGUGAGACUACGCCGUCGGACGAAAAGACGUUCGGGAGGCGGCGGGGGUCGGGCGCAAGUAUCCAGCUCGUGGUGGCCACGAAGCACAAGAAGCCGCUACUUCAGGACGACGACCAGUCGGACGACGACGAACAGCUAGAGCUCAAGUUUCGGCCGUCACGCUCAAGAGGUGGCCCGGCUAGCGGUAGUGGGAGUGGGAGCGGGAGUACUACUACAACUGGCGGCAGUGGCGGUGACGGUGACAGCGGUGUUGCCAGCGGCAGCAGCAGGGGCAGUGAUGUCAGGCUCCCGCGGUUAAGGAGGAAUGCCAAGAGCCAUGGACAUUUCCGCUCCGGUAAGCCCGCGCCGGAUUUCUAUCCUCGAGAUCGGGUCCGGCCGUUUGUGGGCAGCGGGACCGCGUGGACCGGAGAGCCGAUGACCUCGGGCUCCGGGUCAGGAGGGGCUGAAGUAGGGGACGACGCUGGUGAUUCAACUACUGCUGCCGAGGACGAACCAGGGAGUGCAUCAUCGCCUAUCAGAAUACACAUCUCUGCGCCCUGGGAUGAUGACGGAACAGAUCAGGCUUUUGAAGGCUUGCAGAGUGAUGCGGACCCAUAUGCUGCUGGGCCGUCCAGUCAUUUUCGGGCCGAAUCGCGAGAAAGAGACUCUCCGUCCAAGCUGCGAUAUUCUGAAUCAUGAAGCACGGAGUUCGAGGGCGUAAGUAUCACAGCGCUGACAGGCUGGUUGUGAUGGGUAUCCAGAAAACAGCUUCAAAGGCACGCUGCAUUUUGGAAAGGGUGGUUUGAUAUACUUACGGAGAGACGCGAUAGAGGGAGCUACUUAGAGGUAGCAGGGUGAGAGUUUGGUACGGGAUUGAAAAAGUAGCACGUUGGCAAGUUGGAAGACAGGGCGGUGCAUAGAGCGAGGACGAGUAUAAAUUAGAAAGAGCAUGUUAAAACACACUGUGUCCUUUGAACUCAGCCGACCGGCAUUGG